AUGGCUUUUCAGGAUACAGAUGAAAGUAAACUUCCCAUGCUCAACGAAGAGGAAGACGAAAAUCCGAUUUCUUUUGCUACUUCACCGCCACCGCAAAGCCGUCAUAGGACCUGUCCUAUGCUCCUCGUCGGCCUCAUAUCGAGCAUUCUACUAGCACUCUCAGUUAUUUGGGCUUUCCAGUCUAUCGUCCUGCCUACCCAUACCAACGCUCAACCAAUUCUCAAAAGUCCCUGCGGAAACUCAUCCAGUGAGGCGAUUGCACGAGGAUGUCAUUUUGACGUUCUUUCGUUCUGCUGGGUCCCGGAUGAGUGCUUUGAUCGAGACCUGACAGAAAAGUUCCGCAAAGCUGGGCCGUGGAUAUUUUACACCGAUCAGAAUAAAACUGCAUCAGUCACUGAAGAACAAUUCGGCUCCGACAAGCAACCCGUUUACCUCACCAAUAAACUGCACAAGACUCAUUGUGCCUACAACAUUCUCAGAUUCCACAAAGCACUCACCGAAGGUCGAAUGGUUCACAAAGAAGAUGUCUUGACCCACACGGAACACUGUUCGCAGGUCUUGACGAGAAUCAAUGACCCGGAUGAUAUUGAGGUUAGGGCAAAGAUUCAAUAUCCAGAUUGCGGUCACUUUUCAAAGGACUUUCCAGGGAAAGCGAAGGACGGUGUGCAUAACCACCAUCAUGGACACGCAAACAUGGAAUAG